AUGUAUAACUAUAAUGAAUUAGAUUAAUUGGUCAUUAAGGGGAGUACAAGAUUUCAAGAAGUAAAUUUUAAUUAGCCGAGACUCUUUUAGCCAAAGCUGAAUAUUAUCAAGUUAAAAGGAUUUCAAUAAUUAGUAGAUUUAAUUAAGCAAUAAGAAUCGUUUUCGAAACAUAAUUAGAUUCCAUAAAUUAAUACUUAGAAAAAUCUGCCAUCAAUUUUGGCUUAUCCUCCUAAAGCAGAAUUAAUUACUACUUCAAAAAAAGAAAUAUCAAUAAGAAAAUAUAGUGAAACAAGAGUUUAUGGCAGAAAAAGUUUUACUGAAACUGCUGAGCCUCAUUCUCUUGAGCCAAGAAGAAUCAAUACAAUAAGAAACAAAUUCGCAAUUAAAAAGGCUUUUCCAAAUAAAUAAGAAGAAUAAAACAUGUUUGAAAAUCCUUCCGAUUUUGCUACAAUCCUAAGCUUCUCAAAUUUAUUAAUGAUAAUUCCUUAAGAGAAGAUAGUCUACAAGGCAUUUAUAACAAAAGGAAAUAAUGGAUAACUUGUUAGACAAUUAAUAAAGUCUCGAUCUUGGUGGAUUUUACUUGAUACACCUUAAACUGAUGUGAAUCUUUAUUGGACAUAACUCAGAAAACAGGGAUUUUAUAAGGAUCUGAUAACCCUUACCGGAAAUCAGUCGACAUUCACAAAAGGCUAGAAAAAAUAAGUUUAUGAUAAGUUAAAGCUGAAGUUGGAUGAAGAAAAGUAUACAAAUUUCGUUUCGAGUAAUAUUUUAAGAGUACAUAAUCACUUAGAAGGCAAUUUCUAGAUCUCAAAUAAGAAAGCAUUAUAUUAUAAUAUGAAAUCCUAUUAUGAAUCAAUAGGACAAGAUCCAUUUCAGUUCAUACCAUUGACAUUUCAUAUUUAAGAUGGUAUUAAGGAUCCUGUGUAUUAGUAAUUUGAAGAAUAUGCAAGAAAGAACAAUAUAAAUGUAUGGAUAAUAAAACCAGGGGAAUAAUCGAACAGAGGUAAUGGAAUAGAGGUAGCCAACUCUAUAUCUUAAGUCAAAAGACUUGUGUCUUAUAAGGAAUUGCAUUCAAAUGGUGUAAAAAAGACUUUUAUUGUCCAAUAAUAUAUAAAUAAGCCAUUAUUAUACAACAAAAGGAAGUUCGAUAUAAGAUGUUUUAUGUUGAUAACCUGUAUAAAUCAUCAAUUCAAGGCUUACUGGUAUUAGGAAGGGUAUAUAAGAACGAGUUGCAAGGAGUUCAAUUUGGAUGACACAGACUGUAAAUAUACUCAUUUGACUAAUGAUGCUGUUUAGAAGUACAGCAAAAACUAUGGAAAAUACGAAACAGGAAAUAAAGUCUCUUUUAAUGAUUUUUCUAAGUAUGUUUAGGAAAUCUAUAAUUUAAAUUUUAAUAACACGAUAGAACAAUUAAAGAGUUUAUGCUCUGACAUCGUCAAAGCUUCUUAUUAACAUCUAGAUCCAAAUCGCCAUUUCUAUACUUUUGAGUUAUUUGGACUGGAUUUUAUGAUAGACAGUGAUUUCAAACCUUGGCUCAUUGAAGUGAAUACAAAUCCAUGUCUUGAAACUUGUUGUCCUCUAUUGUCUAGAUUGAUAAAUCAUUUAGUCGAAAAUACUAUUAGAAUUGCAAUAGAUCCAAUGUAUCCUGCUCCUACCAAGAAAAAACCACUGCCUGAAUUCAAAAACAAUUUUGAACUUAUUUUCUAUACUUCUCUCAAAGAAUAAUGUGGGAAACUACCAGAAAUUUAAUAAGAUGAUGACGAUCUUGAUGUAGAUGAUGAUAAUUGA